CAUCUGCUUGAAAGGAAUCCAUUCUCAUCCACAUCUCUCUCUCUCUCUUUCUUUCAUAUGUUUUCUCACUUCAUUUCAUUCUGUAGCUAGGAUUUAGAUUUUUCAGUUUAUUUAUACAUUUUUAUUUGGCUUUUCUUGAAUCUUCUUUGAUGUUAGCAACAAGCUGGAGAGAAGAUUGAAAUUACUUGAAGAAAGACUACUAUAGUUGUGGGUCUAAGAUUUGGUGAUAUAUAAUUGUUCCAUCUAGGAAUUUGUUUCAGGUUUCUUCGUUCAUUUCUUUCUGUUCUUUUGAGCUGCUUAAGUUUCAUGGUCUAUAAAGGCGGGCAAUUAAGCAAAAUCAUCACGAGACCUGAAACAGCUUAGUUGCUUGGGCAUAGCUAAAAAGAGAAACAAGUGAAAUUUUGUGAAAGAAGCUCAGCUUUCCCUAUACUUACUAGCUUUUACCACUUUUCACUUUUAUUAGGCUUACUAAAUUAGGGUUUUCCGCUCAGAUCCCAGGACAUUUUUCGUUUAGUCUUAGACAUGUAAAAGAAAAGGAAAAAGGAAAAAAAAGGGGUUGAUCUGUGGCUGUAGCUCUCAUGAACGCAUCUUGUAAUUGUUAUCGUCAUCCACAAAGUCGUGUGAUUUAAUAUUUUAUAUUUAUAUGAGAAGAUGAUGAAAAGGUUGAUAAUGGAUCCUGAAAACAUUUCCAAUUUGACUUCAGCAUCUGGUGAAAUAAGUGCUUCUUCAGGUAGCCGAAUUGAAACUGGCACUACUGCUACUAUGUACUCACAUCAACAGUCAUCCUUUGGUUCAACAAAUGAAGCACCGCCAUUAAAGAAGAAAAGAAGUCUUCCAGGCAAUCCAGACCCAGAUGCAGAAGUGAUAGCUUUAUCUCCCAAAACUCUAAUGGCGACCAACCGCUUUAUAUGUGAGAUCUGUAACAAAGGAUUUCAGAGAGAUCAGAAUCUUCAGCUUCAUAGAAGAGGGCACAAUCUUCCGUGGAAGUUAAAGCAAAGAACAAACAAAGAAGUGAGAAAGAAGGUAUAUGUAUGUCCAGAAACUACAUGCGUGCACCAUGAUCCAUCAAGGGCACUCGGUGACCUUACAGGAAUCAAGAAGCACUUUUGCAGAAAGCAUGGUGAGAAGAAGUGGAAAUGUGAAAAGUGCUCAAAACGUUAUGCUGUUCAAUCAGAUUGGAAAGCUCACUCCAAGAUUUGCGGCACAAGAGAGUAUAGAUGUGAUUGUGGAACCCUUUUCUCUAGGAGAGACAGUUUCAUCACUCACAGAGCUUUCUGUGAUGCAUUAGCAGAAGAGAGUGCAAGAGCUAUUACGUUAAACCCAUUACUGGCUUCUCAACAACAACAACCUAGCUCCUCAGCAUCUCAUCAUAUGAUAAAUCUGCAAUCUUUAUCAUCAUCAGUCAAAAGAGAGCAAGAUCAAAACCACCAUCUUUUUAGUCCAAGACCGGAUCAUCACAAUGUCCCACCAUGGCUAGGGGAAGCAGCAGUUGGCCCAGGUCCACUACUACCACAACAAAUCAGUAACCUUUCUUCGCAAUUAAUCCCAUCAAAUUUAGAUCGCCGUCAUCACCCAUUUCUACAACAUAAUGAAAACCCUAGCCCUAACCCUAAUAAUCUCACACUCCCUCCAUACCCACCACAUACAGCUUCUCCUCACAUGUCUGCUACUGCAUUGCUGCAAAAAGCAGCACAAAUGGGCGUGACUAUCAGCAAGCCUUCUCCAUCUCCUGCUGCUGCAGCUGCUGUCAUGCUUAGACCCCACCAACAAGCUCACAUGUCUGUGAACACAGCUGGGUUCAGUUCUACAUCGGUAGUAGCUACAUCUGCAGCUGGUAAUACUUCUGGUCUUCGUUUGUCUUCACGUGAAGACAUAAGAAGUGGGUUUGGUCAUGGCUUGACAUCGUUUGGGAAUAAAGCUACUGCCACCUCUGGUAUCAUAGACCAUCAUCAGAUGGCUACAGAUUCUUCUCUCGUCCAUGAUAUGAUGAAUUUUGAUGAAGAUUUCAAUGGAAUGUUGAAUCCUAAGAGAGAUGGUAAUAAUAACAAUAAAUUUUUUUAUUUUUUCACAAAGGACGGGAGAGAAACUCAAAGUUAAGAGGUUCCUGAUUUUAGUUUUCAAGAAACUCUCUCAAAGUCUACAGAAUGUAGUAGAACAGAUGCCACUGCCACUGCUUCUACUACUGCUGUUAAUGCUAGUGUUCAUGGAAAUGAUGGCUUGACAAGAGAUUUCUUGAGUCUCAAAGCAUUUUCCCAUAAAGAUUUUCUCAGUAAUAGCUGCCCUUGGUCGUUUAAAUUCUUGUUCAACUACUAAUUAUGGGCAGCAGCAGAACCAUAACCAAUCACCUCUGGCAAGGUUAGCAUUUUCAAUUUUAUACAGAUAAUCAUCAUCUUCUUAACUUCUUUCUACCUCCUUCUUCUCCUUCCUUUUCUUGAGAAAAAUUUCCACAGGCAAAGAUUUCUGUGGAAAUAUUCUUAUGUUUGUAAGGACACUAAACUCAGUGCUCUACAGUUUUUUCCUCGGGUUUUGAUUCUUCCCUUUUCAGUUUUGGUCUCCUUUUCUCAGUGUAAUUUAUUUUAUUUACUUUUUUUUUUUCUUUUUUUAAAUGUUAUAUUUCUUCAGAAUCUGUUCAUCA